UUUCACAAUGCCUGCAGAUCACAAACAUCGAUGUGCCCCAGUCCUACGUGAUAUCCCGGGGUGAGGAUCCACCGGAAGACCUGAUCCUGGAUUGCGAGUUCGAGCUGGACCAAACCCGUUCCAAGGGAUUCGUGCUCAAGUGGAAGCACAACGACCUGCAAAUCUACCAGUGGAUCCCGUCCAAAAAACCAGUAGCGUUUAGUCACUUCAAGGGUCACAUCGAUACGGAAUAUGCCGUCUCGGAUGAUCGGUUUCAGAAGUACCGUGCCUUACGGUUGACAAAUCCGUUGACCAAUCUGACCGGGAAGUAUAGCUGCUCGGUGCAGACGUAUGAGGAAAAUGAAACCAAGAGUGCACCGUUGCAGAUAAUUCUGCCAGAGACAGAGUUCAAUCUGACCUACCAUCAGGAAUCGAACGGAAGUCUGAUGGUUUCAUGUGCGGUGAACGAUAUCUUCCCCAAGCCAGAGCUGUCACUGUUUAUUGACGAAGAAAUUACCAAGCAAGUAACGCUAACGGAGGAAAACAUUCACGGAUCAUACGAUGUUUUGCUGCAGCAUGUCCUAGCGGAUAGCAGCAAGGACGCCAACAUUCAGUGCCAGCUCUCGAUACCCGGAACGAACUACACCAAACGGAGAGAGAAGCUCUUCAGCGCAUCCGCAGCAUCGUUGAAAAUAUCAACUCUACAAGCCUUACUGUACGCUCUGCUGGCAGCCCUUCUAUCCAGUACGAUCAGAUUCUAACAGCAUCCGGCGGGUUUUGUUUGGUAACAAACAAUUUGGAACCAAUCAAUAGUCAGUCGCUCAAAGCGAUUUUCAAAUUCGAGCGCUUUACAUACACACUGCAUGUAAAUGAAACAUCUGAGCUAAGACCCCAUUUAUGAUGUAAUACUGAAAAUCGACGAUCAAUUUGAGUAUUAGUUGAGUUAAGUAUAAAGUGUAAAAUCAUUUGGGGUUUUAUGCUGUUGAAAGUAGUGUGUAUUGUUGUGCCUAGCCUAAAAUAUAUUAAAUUCAAACAACAAUAAUAUAUUUGCGUAGGAGGAAUAGUAGGCAAACUGGAAAGUGAAUAAUUAGUGUCUUACAAAAAAAAAAAUGAAAAAUAAAUCUGGAAAGCAGAUUGUUAUGUGUUUAGUUCUUUAAGCGAUAUGUGACUUUAAACAAAAAUAGCUAUAGGUAAUUGGUAAAAAUCAGCCAAAAUUAUCGACUUUAUGUUUGAUGCGUCUAUUCAGAAACGUUCAUGAUAUAAUAGAAACUUUUCAAUUAUAUUAAAGCUUCUGUUCAUUUUCCAUAAUUGAACAACAGCGCACAAGGCAGUUAGUCAAAUCGCAAGUAUAGGUGUGUGAAGAAGAGCUUAAUUUUCGAAUAGAAAUUUAAAUAUAGCUAAAAAAAAGAAAAUAAAAAAAAACUAAAAUGCACCUUGUUAAUCGAAUAGUUCAACAUUGAUACAGUUUUGUUAUAUUGCUGAGCAAUUGAUGUAUAUAUACAGUUGUUUUGUUCUUUGUGUAAAUUAAUCUAUCUUACCAUAAGGCAAUAUUUUUUUCUUCACUGUGUAUCUAUUGAACAUUGUAUUUGAAAAUUUCGUUUCAGUAAUUAAUGAUUCUCGUGUGAGAAUUGGAUUUAUUGAUACGAUCAACCAAAAAAAAUAUUAUUGCUUGUUACUUCAUGCCAAAUGCUUUAUGUCAAUCGAAAACAAAUGAAACUGAAACAAAAACAAAGAUCC